AUGAAGGCCCCAGCAGCCAUCGCGCUGCUCGCCAGCCUCCUCGGCACAACCGCCGCCCAGCAAACCACCUCUCUCGGCUCGGUCACCUUCAACGCCCCCCAAUGCGGCGACGGCAAGAACAGUGGUGUCAACGCCGCAGACUGCAACACCGCCAUUCCCGAGCUGCUCUCCGCCCACUGUUCGAACGGCGUCUGCAGCAUCCCUCCCCCGACUCAGGGCGCCCAGGAGUCUGCUAUUUCUGUCCUGGUCGGACACUGCGAGGUCUUUAUUGGCGCCUUUGCGAACGGAAACGCGGUUACGUUUGAUGAGCAGUCGGUGCAGGACGCUUUCCCUGGUUUCAUUUCGGAUUGUCUUGCUACUUCUGGGGGCUUUGGCAGUCCGCUGCUGAUUUCGACUGAUGGAGUUCUUCGGUUGGGCAUCUCUAACGGCGAGAGCGGUGGUGGCUAA